GAAGAACAGCAGCGUCACCACCACAGAAGAAGCGUGAAAUGUAUGAUUGUUAUGUGUCAUGCAGUCUGGCUGGUGGUCAGCUGACAGAUCCGAGUCUCCUGUGAUGUUUACUUUCUUUGUUUAGUGCGUUAAACCUGCGUUUUUUUCUGAAUGAAUGAAGCGGUAUGCUUCGAUAAGGAGAACCAUGGUAGUCGUCAACUCGGUGCUCAAGCUGUUGCAGAGGCAGACGUACACCUGUCUGUCCCAUCGAUACGGGCUGUACCUCUGCUUUGGGGGGAUCGUCCUCAUGAUAGUUUCCGCCUUUCAGUUUGGAGAGGUGGUGGUUGAGUGGAGUCGGGACCAGUAUCAUGUGCUGUUUGACUCCUACAGAGACAAUGUAGGUGGGAAAUCAUUCCAAAGCAGGCUCUGUCUGCCCAUGCCUAUUGAUGUGGUGUACACAUGGGUGAACGGCACAGACAUGGCUCUGCUGAAGGAACUGAAGACGGUCAAAGAGCAACUGGAGGAGGAACAAAGGGCUCUGAGGGAACGCCUGGGGAAAAAUGCAAGUGAGACAACUGAAGUGCCAAAAGAGAGUGUUAAGCCAGAAUGCCUGCUGUCCCAUUGCAUCAUAGCGCCCAUGCUGGCCCUGGACCCGGCUCUGCCAGCCAACAUCACGCUCAAAGAGCUACCGUCACUCUCGCCGUCCUUCUCCGCUGCCAAAGAGCUGCUGCUGAUGAACAAACCCUUCCACCCAUCCACCACCGUCUCUGUUGUUGUCUUCCAUUCGCAGGCUGAAGCUGAUAAAGCCUAUACAGAUGUGUUAAGGGAAGACCAGAAAGUCUCUGUGUCCAGAUGUUACCUGACGACAGAUAAAGAGGCUCCGGGUCUGAUCCGCAUGCAGUCUCUGGCCUACCUCAGCGGCUUCCCGGCUUCCUUUAAGGAAACGGAGCACCUGAGAGUCAAACUGCCCUCUGUCAUAACCAGUAAGAUCAAACAGUUUGAGUUAUACUCUGAGGCCAGCAUCGUCCUGCUCCACCUGAAAAGCCCGCAGGAUUUCACUGAUCUGACCCAGCAGGCUAAAAAGAACCUGACCCUGGAUGGAAAAGAGUUAACCAUCAGCCCUGGCUACUUGUUCUGGGACCUCACUGCCAUCUCACAGUCCAAACAGGAUGAAGAUGUUUCAGCCAGCAGAUUUGAGGAUAAUGAGGAGCUCCGCUAUUCGCUGCGCUCUGUGGAGAGACACGCCCCCUGGGUGCGACACAUCUUCAUAGUUACUAACGGGCAGAUUCCUUCAUGGCUUAACCUGGAUAACCCCAGAGUUACAGUUGUCACACAUCAGGAUAUCUUCCUGAACGACAGCCACCUUCCCACUUUCAGCUCCCCUGCCAUAGAAACCCACAUGCACCGCAUCCCAGGGCUCUCCCAAAAGUUCAUUUACCUCAAUGACGAUGUGAUGUUUGGCAGAGAUGUCUGGCCAGACGACUUCUACAGCCACUCAAAAGGACAGAAGGUGUAUCUCACCUGGCCUGUCCCCAACUGUGCUGAGGGCUGCCCAGGAUCUUGGAUCAAAGAUGGGUACUGUGACAAAGCCUGCAACAACUCUGCCUGUGACUGGGAUGGAGGAGACUGCCUCGGUGCAGCGGGGAGCAGUCGGUUUGUGGCUGGGGUCGGUGGUGGCGGGCCUGGAGCUGCUGCACAGAUGUGGCAGUUUGGAGGUGGCCUCGGAGGUCUAGGGGGGACGUCGUACUGUAAUCAAGGCUGUGCCAACUCCUGGCUGGCAGACAAGUUCUGUGACCAGGCCUGCAAUGUUCUCUCUUGUGGUUUUGAUGUGGGAGACUGUGGCCAAGAUCACUUUGGCGAGCUGCACCACGUGACCCUGCUGAGGGAUCAGAGCCUGUACACCCUCCCAGUGGGUGAAACCAGGCCAUAUUUCAGCUUCGACGGACUGGCUCGCAGAGUCUCCGAGGCCCACGUCAGCGACAACCCAGCGCUUCGCCACACCUCCGUCGCCAACAAGUGGAAGACCAUUCACCUGCUGCUCCAUCCGGGCCACAACGCCACCCAGAUCCAGUACAAUCUCACUUUCCAGAGAGAAGACCAAACAGAGUUCAUAAUGAGCUUCAGCGUAGCUGUCGACACCCGCGAGGUGCCUCAGGCUAAUGUGUCCCAGUCUGCUAGCAAAGACGCCGGCAAAGAGCCGAAGCCAACCCCGACUCCAGAGCCACUGGUCCCAUUCUCAGACAUUCCUGAGGACAAACGGGGCCCUAAGAUCCAGAAGAGGCCGUCUGGUGAACCUCAAGUUGUCAUAGAAGUGCCUUCACUUAAUGUGUCACUUCUACCAGCCGCUGUACAAAGUGAGCUGCAAAAGCUGGAGGAGAAGCUUCUGAUCGGUGACAUUACCAUGAAGGGCUAUAACUUCACAAAGGCUGAACUUCUAAAACGUUACACGACACUGGCUCAGAAGCAGCAGGUUGUCAAUUCACAUCCAGCUAAUGAGGGGGCAGCCAAGGGCCAGGGAAAGCCCUAUAAAGACUUGGAGGGAGAGCAGUUGGAAGGGAAAGCACCCGUGGAAGAGAAAGCUGGAAAUAUCGUUCAGAAAAAUCCAAACUCAAAAGAAGUAAUGUCCAUGUCCAAAUGGGAAGACGUGGCUGCGCAGGAAAAACCUGUCACUCCUCUAAUCGCAGUCCACAUCGAUGAUAAGCACGAGAAAGACUUUGUAACUCCCAAACAUUAUAAUUUGAAUGCUGCGAUCGAGAGGCCUAUGACUUCCAAACUGCUAAGCAGCAUUUCCAAAACCAAGAACGCCAAGAGUCAGGCAGAGCCAGCAGACGCUGCAGGACGAGCUCCAGUCGGGAGGAGGCUCCAACACUUCAUCUCCGCAGACAGAGGCUUCCUGCCCUGGGAGAGGAGGAAAUACUUCCAGGAAGUGCUUGAGGAAGAAGAACGUCUGCAGAGAGAGUUGUCGUAUGAGACUGACGGUGCCGCAACUGGCCGAAGGCUGCAGGACACUUUUGCUGACUCGCUGCGCUACGUCAACAAGCUGCUCAACGGCGAGUUUGGAUUCACGUCGCGCAAAGUACCUGCACACAUGCCUCACAUGAUCGACCGUCUCAUCAUGCAGGAGCUGCAGGACACAUUCCCAGAGGAGUUUGACAAGACAUCAGGCCAUCGUGUUCGUCACCCAGAGGACAUGCAGUUUGCCUUUUCGUACUUCUACUUUCUGAUGAGUGCUCAGCAGCAGCUCAACGUGUCCGAGGUGUUUGACCAGAUCGACACAGACCACUCAGGCGUCCUGUCCGACCGGGAGAUUCGAACCCUCGCUACAAGGAUCCACGAGCUGCCCCUCAGCCUCCAGGACCUGACAGGCCUGGAGCAGAUGUUUAUAAACUGUUCUAAGACUCUGCCGACUAACCUGACCCAGCUCCACCUGGUGAACCCGACUCAGGAGGCCUACUAUGACCCCAGCAUGCCUCCUGUCACAAAAGGCCUUGUCCUCCACUGCAAGCCCAUCACAGAACGCAUCCAGAAAGCCUUCAGAGACCAGAAUAAGUACAAGUUUGAGAUCAUGGGAGAGGAGGAGAUAGCUUUCAAGAUGGUGCGGACAAAUGUGUCCCAUGUGGUCGGCCAGUUAGAUGACAUUAGGAAGAAUCCCAGGAAGUUCAUCUGUCUGAAUGAUAACAUCGACCACAGCCAUAAGGACGCUGCCACAGUGAAAGCUGUGCUGAGAGAUUUUUAUGAGUCCAUGUUCCCGCUGCCGUCCCAGUUUGAACUGCCAAGAGAGUAUCGCAACAGAUUCCUGCAUAUGGAAGAGCUCCAGGAAUGGAGAGUGUAUCGGGACAAGCUGAAGUUCUGGACUCACUGUGUCCUCGUGACACUCGUCGUCUUCACCAUCAUGUCCUUCUUUGCCGAACAGCUGAUUCUGCUAAAGCGAAAGCUGUUCCCGAGACGCAGGGUGAACACGGACAGCAACCCUGAGCGGGUGUGAAAGAAAGAUAGUCUUCCCUCUCCUCUCUUUCAGCAACCUCCAACCCUUUCUCUCCUGCUCAGUAGAGAGGAUUCAGACCGGGGGACUGGGUGGAAACAGGAAUCGGCAGUCCUCUGUCCUUGUGUUGCAUCAGCAGCACAGACACAGGAUAGAGACUCAUGUGAGAUGGUGAUGAAACAUUUUUCAUAAGAUGAUGGAUGGGGCUGGCCGGUGAAAGGAAUGGCAGCCAGAAAGAAGAAGCCAGUAAUUCUUCUAUUCCUCCACUGGGGGCAGCUGAGACUUUUGUACAACACACACACUUACACGUACACAAACACUCCCUCUAUACUGCACUACCCUCACCAUGUCAUUGAUUGAUGUACUGUUAAAGUGUAAAGCAUUUGACAGCAGCAGGCCUGGACAAAUUGUGCGUGUGCGUGUGCGUGUGCGUGUGCGUGUGCGUGAGCGUGAGUGUGAGUGUGCGUGUGUGAGCAGGUUUUACCAUAACGUCCACAAACUGUUGUGUUUAAAGCUCAAACGUUUAGCAGAUUAAUCGAUCUGUAAUUAAUUUGAUAAUCAAUUAUUUGUUUGAGUCAAAUUAGCUGUUACCAGCUUCUUUCAUGUGAGUAUUUCCUCUCUUUUAUAUCAUCGAAAGUUGAUUAUCUUUGGGUUUUGGACUGUUGGUCAAACAAAAAAUAAAUUUGCAAAAAAUACAAUUUUAUAGAUAAAACAAUUAAUUGACUAAUUGAAGAAGAAAAAAGGUCAGUAGAUGAAAAGAAUCGGUACUUGCAGCCCCUGUUGUGUUUGGCUUUUAUCGCUAUGGCUUCAUUUGAAAGAAAUGAAGGAAAAAGUGUAUAUAUAGGAUGAAUAAAAUAAUUAAGUGUUGGCUGUUAUAUCUUUGUUGUCUUUAAAAACAUGAAACUUGAAGUGCCUUCAUUGUUCAUUCCUGCCCGUUUGAACAUUUUUGUUUAUCUCCAGUUUUUUUUUUUUUUUUUUUUUUUUAAAAACAUGUCUUCCUAUAAGUGUUGGCCACAUCACACCCUGAUCUAGGGAUUUACAGUGAGAACGAAUGGGACGUAAAAUAAUUUAUAUCUUAAUAUGGUACACAUGUAAGUGAUUGUUGUAGAUACAUAUAAGUGAUACUACAGCUUUCAUAGCCACCUGUAUGCGUGUCCCCGUGGGACUCAACAGGCUUGCUACUGUCUGAAAUUCAGACCCCCCCCCUCAGCAUGUUCUGUAACUUAUUUGGAUUGUAUUAUUGUAACAGUGAGCUCAGUGACUGAUGCAUCUGAAGUUGAAUGCCGCAGAAUGUAAACAUAGCCUCAGACAAUGCUCGCCAACUGCUCCAACUUUUUCCUCUGAAUGUCAGUUUUACAAUGCUCUUUAUUAUGAGAAAAUUGGAAGUGACUUCUAGAUGCUGUCAGCAUUUUACCCGCUGACAUUAAAAGUCAUAUGAUGUACGAUGUCAGCAGGCGAGGCGAUGAGUAACAUAUCUGUAAAAUGGGGUUCUUUUAGAUUGCAUCAUUUCUGUGGCUCCUCUGACUAAAAUAAAAUGUGCUUUGGUUCAUC